AUGUGCAUUGUGAUGGUGCUAGGUUAGGAACAGGUCAAACUCAGAGUUGUGUGUGCACAUGGGUGUGUGUAAGGGGAGUCUCGAGAUGUGUCAACAAUUUGAAGAUGAGUAAGGGAGCAGUGACUGUGCAAGCUUAGGCUGUGUGUGUAUGUCUGUGUGAGAGCAGCACUCAUGAAAUCGAAAUGAAAGAUGUGCUUUGACAGAUGGAGGGUACCGUAUGUUGCUAACGUACAGUUGAAGUCAGAAGUUUACAUACACCUUAGCAAAAUACAUUUCAAUUCCGUUUUUCACAAUUCCUGUCAUUUAAUCCUAGUAAUAAUUCCCUGUCUUAGGUCAGUUAGAAUCACCACUUUAUUUUAAGAAUGUGAAAUGUCAGAAUUAUGGUAGAGAGAAUUAUUUAUUUCAGCUUUUAUUUCUUUCAUCACAUUCCCAGUGGGUCAGAGGUUUACAUACACUCAAUUAGUAUUUGGUAGCAUUGCCUUUAAAUUGUUUAACUUGGGUCAAACGUGUCUGGUAGCCUUCCACAAGCUUCCCUUAAUAAGUUGAGUGAAUUUUGGCCCAUUCCUCCUGACAGAGCUGGUGUAACUGAGUCAGGUUUGUAGGCCUCCUUGCUCGCACACACUUUUUCAGUUCUGCCCACAAAUGUCCUAUAUGAAUGAGGUCAGGGCUUUGUGAUGGCCACUCCAAGACCUUGACUUUGUUGUCCUUAAGCCAUUUUGCCACAACUUUGGAAGUAUGCUUGGGUUCAUUGUCCAUUUGGAAGACCCAUUUGCGACCAGGCUUUAACUUCCUGACUGAUGUCUUGAGAUGUUGCUUCAAUAUAUCCACAUAAAUUCCCUCCCUCAUGAUGCUAUCUAUUUUGUGAAGUGCACCAGUCCCUCCUGCAGCAAAGCACCCCCACAGCAUGAUGCUGCCACCCCCCGUCCUUCACGGUUGGGAUGGUGUUCCCUCGGCUUGCAAGUCGCCCCCUUCUUCCUCCAAACAUAACGAUGGUCAUUAUGGCCAAACAGUUCAAUUUUUGUUUCAUCAGACCAGAGGACAUUUCUCCAUGUGCAGUUGCAAACCGUAGUCUGGCUUUUUUAUGGCGGUUUUGGGGCAAUGGCUUCUUCCUUACUGAGCGGCCUUUCAGGUUAUGUCGAUAUAGUACUCGUUUUACUGUGGAUAUAGAUACUUUUGUACCUGUUUCCUCCAGCAUCUUCAGAAGGUCCUUUGCUGUUGUUCUGGGAUUGAUUCGCACUUUUCGCAACAAAGUACGUUCAGCUCUAGGAGACAGAACGCGUCUCCUUCCUGAGCGGUAUGACGGCUGCGUGGUCCCAUGGUUUUUAUCCUUGCUUACUAUUGUUUGUACAGAUGAACGAGGUACCUUCAAGCGUUUGGAAAUUGCUCCCAAGGAUGAACCAGACUUGUGGAGGUCUACAAUUUUUUUUCUGAGGUCUUGGCUGAUUUCUUUUGAUUUUCCCAUGAUUUCAAGCAAAGAGGCACUGAGUUUGAAGGUAGGCCUUGAAAUAUAUCCACAGGUUCACCUCCAGUUGACUCAAAUUAUGUAAAUUAGCCUAUCAGAAGCUUCUAAAGUCAUGACAUCAUUUUCUGGAAUUUUCCAAGGUGUUUAAAGGCACAGUCAACUUAGUGUAUGUAAACUUCUGACCCACUGGAAUUGUGAUACAGUGAAUUACUGUUGAACUACUGUUUUUUAAGUUUCAUAAGUUUAUUCGCCACGUGCAGGUGUAAACAAGUGCAGUGACGUUCUUACCUUAAGAGCUCUUUCCCAACAAUGCAGUUGAUGAUGAUAAUAAUACAGAUACUAAUAUAAAUUUAAAAAUACAUACAGUGAGGGAAAAAAGUAUUUGAUCCCCUGCUGAUUUUGUAUGUUUGCCCAUUGACAAAGACAUGAUCAAUCUAUAAUUGUAAUGGUAGGUUUAUUUGAACAGUGAGAGACAGAAUAACAACAACAAAAAUCCAGAAAAACACAUGUCAAAAAUGUUAUAAAUUGAAUUGCAUUUUAAUGAGGGAAAUAAGUAUUUGACCCCCUCUCAAUCAGAAAGAUUUCUGGCUCCCAGGUGACUUUUAUACAGGUAACGAGCUGAUAUUAGGAGCACACUCUUAAAGGGAGUGCUCCUAAUCUCAGUUUGUUACCUGUAUAAAAGACACCUGUCCACAGAAGCAAUCAAUCAAUCAGAUUCCAAACUCUCCACCAUGGCCAAGACCAAAGAGCUCUCCAAGGAUGUCAGGGACAGGAUUGUAGACCUACACAAGGCUGGAAUGGUCUGUAAGACCAUCGCCAAGCAGCUUGGUGAGAAGGUGACAACAGUUUGUGCGAUUAUUCGCAAAUGGAAGAAACAAAAAAUAACUGUCAAUCUCCCUCGGCCUGGGGCUCCAUGCAAGUUCUCACCUCGUGGAGUUGCAAUGAUCAUGAGAACGGUGAGGAAUCAGCCCAGAACUACACAGUAGGAUCUUGUCAAUGAUCUCAAGGCAGCUGGGACCAUAGUCACCAAGAAAACAAUUGGUAACACACUACGCUGUGAAGGACUGAAAUCCUGCUCAAGAAAGCACAUACAGUGGGGAAAAAAGUAUUUAGUCAGCCACCAAUUGUGCAAGUUCUCCCACUUAAAAAGAUGAGAGAGGCCUGUAAUUUUCAUCAUAGGUGCACGUCAACUAUGACAGACAAAAUGAGAAAAAAUGUUCCAGAAAAUCACAUUGUAGGAUUUUUUAUGAAUUUAUUGGCAUAUGAUGGUGGAAAAUAAGUAUUUGGUCAAUAACAAAAGUUUCUCAAUACUUUGUUAUAUACCCUUUGUUGGCAAUGACACAGGUCAAACGUUUUCUGUAAGUCUUCACAAGGUUUUCACACACUGUUGCUGGUAUUUUGGCCCAUUCCUCCAUGCAGAUCUCCUCUAGAGCAGUGAUGUUUUGGGGCUGUCGCUGGGCAACACAGACUUUCAACUCCCUCCAAAGAUUUUCUAUGGGGUUUUCUACUGGCUAGGCCACUCCAGGACCUUGAAAUGCUUCUUACGAAGCCACUCCUUCGUUGCCCGGGCGGUGUGUUUGGGAUCAUUGUCAUGCUGAAAGACCCAGCCACGUUUCAUCUUCAAUGCCCUUGCUGAUGGAAGGAGGGUUUCACUCAAAAUCUCACGAUACAUGGCCCCAUUCAUUCUUUCCUUUACACGGAUCAGUCGUCCUGGUCCCUUUGCAGAAAAACAGCCCCAAAGCAUGAUGUUUCCAACCCCAUGCUUCACAGUAGGUAUGGUGUUCUUUGGAUGCAACUCAGCAUUCUUUGUCCUCCAAACAUGACGAGUUGAGUUUUUACCAAAAAGUUAUAUUUUGGUUUCAUCUGACCAUAUGACAUUCUCCCAAUCCUCUUCUGGAUCAUCCAAAUGCACUUCAGACGGGCCUGGACAUGUACUGGCUUAAGCAGGGGGACACGUCUCGCACUGCAGGAUUUGAGUCCCUGGCGGCGUAGUGUGUUACUGAUGGUAGGCUUUGUUACUUUGGUCCCAGCUCUCUGCAGGUCAUUCACUAGGUCCCCCCGUGUGGUUCUGGGAUUUUUGCUCACCGUUCUUGUGAUCAUUUUGACCCCACGGGGUGAGAUCUUGCGUGGAGCCCCAGAUCAAGGGAGAUUAUCAGUGGUCUUGUAUGUCUUCCAUUUCCUAAUAAUUGCUCCCACAGUUGAUUUCUUCAAACCAAGCUGCUUACCUAUUGCAGAUUCAGUCUUCCCAGCCUGGUGCAGGUCUACAAUUUUGUUUUUGGUGUCCUUUGACAGCUCUUUGGUCUUGGCCAUAGUGGAGUUUGGAGUGUGACUGUUUGAGGUUGUGGACAGGUGUCUUUUAUACUGAUAACAAGUUCAAACAGGUGCCAUUAAUACAGGUAACGAGUGGAGGUCAGAGGAGCCUCUUAAAGAAGAAGUUACAGGUCUGUGAGAGCCAGAAAUCUUGCUUGUUUGUAAGUGACCAAAUACUUAUUUUCCACCAUAUUUUGCAAAUAAAUUCAUUAAAAAUCCUACAAUGUGAUUUUCUGGAAUUUUUUUUCUCAAUUUGUCUGUCAUAGUUGACGUGUACCUAUGAUGAAAAUUACAGGCCUCUCUCAUCUUUUUAAGUGGGAGAACUUGCAAAAUUGGUGGCUGACUAAAUACUUUUUUUCCCCACUGUAUACAGGCCCGUCUGAAGUUUGCCAAUGAAAAUCUGAAUGAUUCAGAGGAGAACUGGGUGAAAGUGUUGUGGUCAGAUGAGACCAAAAUCGAGCUCUUUGCCAUCAACUCAACUCGCCGUGUUUGGAGGAGGAGGAAUGCUGCCUAUGACCCCAAGAACACCAUCCCCACCGUCAAACAUGGAGGUGGAAACAUUAUGCUUUGGGGGUGUUUUUCUGCUAAGGUGACAGGACAACUUCAACGCAUCAAAGGGACGAUGGACGGAGCCAUUGUUGGGAUUUGUUUUCUCAUAACUGGAUGUGAUACCUACCUUGGAAGGAAUGCAUUGAUGAUAAGCAUAAAAGGUCUGUACUGUACUGAUAUAAAUUGUUUCACCUGGCAUGCUGUGAUUAAUGUGAGGAACUGUUUUAGGGAGAAGGUGAAGAUAAGAAUUUGUGUCUCCAAAUACUAGACUACACUGCUUCUUUGUGAUCUGUGAACCGUCCUUGGACGUAGGAAUGGUUUCUAGGGGAGCUGGCUUUUCUUACCAUGACAGGUUGUUAUGAUAAGAACUUAUGCCUGGCAACAGUGUGCAACGGUGGAGCGCCAAGGGGCUGGGACCAGCCGGUGCGCCAACAGAUAGGCUGAGUAAGUCUAAACCACGCUCAGUCUCUACUCUGAUUGGCCAGCAGGGAGUGGGAAAAAUCUCUGUCAGAGUAUUUGAAGAAGAACCUGUAACAAUGGAUUAGUUCUCUGAGUGCCCUGCGAGGUAUUUCAGUGGACCCGUAUAUACGAACAUCAUAUUUACCAUUGAAGGUUUUGCAUUAAUUAAAAUACUAGUAUAUCUUAGAAGUCGUGUUGACCUCUUUUGUCCCAAAUACCAGAUUUGAAUUGACGCAACUUGACACCAUGUACCGUCAAAUCUUGGGUGAGAAUCUCCUUCCCUCAGCCAGGGCAUUGAAAAUGGGUCGUGGAUGGGUAUUCCAGCAUGACAAUGACCCAAAACACACGGCCAAGGCAACAAAGGAGUUGCUCACGAAGAAGCACAUUAAGGUCCUGGAGUGGCCUAGCCAGUCUCCAGACCUUAAUCCCAUAGAAAAUCUGUGGAGGGAGCUGAAGGUUCGAGUUGCCAAACGUCAGCCUCGAAACCUUAAUGACUCGGAGAAGAUCUGCAAAGAGGAGUGGGACAAAAUACCUCCUGAGAUCUGUGCAAACCUGGUGGCCAACUACAAGAUACAUCUGACCUCUGUGAAUGCCAACAAGGGUUUUGCCACCAAGUACUAAGUCAUGUUUUGCAUGGGGGUCAAAUACUUAUUUCCCUCACUAAAAUGCAAAUCAUUUUAUAACAUUUUUGACAUGCAUUCUUCUGGAUUUUUUUGUUGUUAUUCUGUCUCUCACUGUUCAAAUAAACCUACCAUUAAAAUUAUAGACUGAUCAUAUCUUUGUCAGUGGGCAAACGUACAAAAUCAACAGGGGAUCAAAUACUUUUUUUUCCCUCACUGUAUAUAUAUAUACAAAAAAUUAACUGGUAGCAGGAAUAUAUAAAUAUAUGCUAAAAUAAUGUUAAUAUACAGUGCAUUCGGAAAUACUUUUUCCACAUUUUGUUACGUUACAGCCUUUUUCUAAAAUGGAUGAAAUUGUUAUUUUUCCUCAUCAAUCUACACACAAUUCCCCAUAAUGACAAAGCAAAAACAGGUUUUUAGUUUUUUUUCUUCUUCACAUUUUAGUAAAAAUAAAAAGCUGAAAUAUACUUUUACAUAAGUAUUCAGACCCUUUACUCAGUAUUUUGUUGAAGCACCUUUGGCAGCGAUUACAGCCUCGAGUCUUCUUGGGUAUGACACUACAAACUUAGCACACCUGUAUUUGGGGAGUUUCUCCCAUUCUUUUCUGCAGAUCCUCUAAAGCUCUGUCAGGUUGGAUGGGGAGCGUCGCUGCACAGCUAUUUUCAGGUCUCUCCAGAGACGUUAGAUCGGGUUCAAGUCUGGGCUUUGGCUGGGCCACUCAAGGACAUUCAGAGACUUGUCCCGAAGCCACUCUUGCAUUGUCUUGGCUGUGUGCUUAGGGUUGUUGUCCUUUUGGAAGGUGAACCUCGCACCAGUCUGAGGUCCUGAGCGCUCUGGAGCAGAUUUUUAUCAAGGAUCUCUCUGUACUUUGUUCCGUUCAUCUUUCCCUCGAUCCUGACUAGUCUCCCAGUCCCUGCCGCUGAAAAACAUCCCCUCAGCAUGAUGCUGCCACCACCACCAUGAUGCUGCCACCACCAUGCCAAAUUGUUUCAGACUCCCGAGGGAGAAGAGGUGUUGUCGUACCUUCACGACUGUGCUGGUGUGAGAGGACCAUGUUAAGUGCUCAGUGAUAUAGACACUGAGGAACUUGAAGCUCUUGACCCUCUCCACUGCGGCUCCGUCGAUGUGGAUGGUGGUGUGCACCCCCCUCUUCACCCCAUUUCCUGUAGUUCACAAUCAGCUCCUUGGUCUUGCUGACAUUAAGAGAGAGGUUGUUGUCCUGGCACCACACUGACGGUUCUCUGACUUCCUCCCUUUAGGCUGUCUCAUCGCCGUUGGUGAUCAGGCCUAACACUGUUAUGUCGUAGGCCUGAGUUGCAGUCUUGCGUGGCCACACAGUCGUGGGUAAACAUGGAGUACAGGAGGGCAGCUAAUUACACACACCCAUGGGGGGCCCCUGUGUUGAGGGUCAACGUUGCGGAGGUGAUGUUGCCUACUUUCACCACCUGGGGUCGACCUGUCAGGAAGUCCAGGAUCCAGUUGCAGAGGGAGGUGUUCAGUCCCAGGGUCCCGAGCUUGGUGACGAGCUUGGAGGGCAUUACGGUGUUGAACGCUGAGCUGUGGUCAAUGAACAGCAUUCUCACAUAGGUAUUCCUCUUGUCCAGGUGGGAGAGGGCAGUGUGGAGUGCAAUUGAGAUUGCGUUGUCUGUACAUCUGUUGGGGCGGUAUGCGAAUUGUAGUGGGCCUAGUGCGUCUGGGAUGAUGGAGGUGAUGUGUGCCAUGACCAGCCUUUCAAAGCACUUCAUGAUUACAUAUGUUAGUGCUACAGGACAGUAGUCAUUGUGGCAGUUAACCUUAGAGUUCUUGGGAACAGAAAUGAUGGUGGUCAGCUUGAGACAUGUGGCGAUUACAGACUGCGACAAGGAGAGUUUGAAAAUUACAGUGAAGAUGCCUGCCAGCUGCUCAGCGCAUGCUCUGAGUGUUUUAACAGUGAUGAAUAUAGCCUAGUACACUGACCUUUCUAUCUUUUAAAAUAAUUGCAAAUCCAAAGUCUUGUCCAACACAUUCUUGUACCUCUCACUCCGGUAGCGUUGCGUUUGGUUCUGAUCUCAGCCGUGGACCCCGUAGCGACCAUCGCCAUCUUCAAUGCCCUCAACGUGGACCCUGUCCUCAACAUGCUGGUGUUUGGAGAGAGCAUCCUCAACAACGCUGUCUCCAUCGUACUCACCGAGUACGUACUCCUCCUACUGAUCCUCCUUUCCUCCUCUCUUCCUCCACAUACUGUUUUAUCUAGGCACUACAUUUUAUCCAGGCAUCUUACAUCUUCUGGAAAAGGCCAGUAUUAUUCUUAGAGUCGGUGCAGUCACGCUCUGUCUCAGUGUUGUCCUUGUAAAUCAGCUGAGCUUCCAUGCUCCUCUGUGGCGCCCCAGUCUUCUCCCGACCUUUGACCUUUUGACCCGCUCUGCUUUUUGCUGUGUGUGUGUGUACGUUUGCUUUAUGCUGAUAGCAAAGAACAACACACAAAGCUCUGAGGAAAGAGAGUGACUUAUUUCACAGCCUGACUGAGGCAUGCACAGUAACAGUUCUGACAAUCCUACAGCCUAACCACCACCAGAAACAUGCCAGAACAUGCCAAGCUUUCUUUUCACAUAUCUCUCUUCUUGUGUGUGAUUAGAAGCAGGUGUUAUUCAGAAUCAGAAUCAACAGUUGGCAGAGGAGUGUUUUGCAAAAGUAUUCAUCCCCGUUAGCGUUUUUCCUAUUUUGUUGCAUUACAACCUGUAAUUUAAAUUGAUUUUUAUUUGGAUUUCAUGUAAUGGACAUACACAAAAUAGUCCAAAUGGUGAAGUGAAAUUUAAAAAAUUACUUGUUUCAUAAAAUUCAAAAAAAAAAAAAUAACGGAAAAGUGGUGCGUGCAUAUGUAUUCACACCCUUUGCUAUGAAGCCCCUAAAUAAGAUCUGGUGCAACCAAUUACCUUCAGAAGUCACAUAAUUAUUUAGAUUGCACACAGGUGGACUUUAUUUAAGUGUCACAUGAUCUGUCACAUGAUCUCAGUAUAUUCUGAAAGGCCCCAGAGUCUGCAACACCACUAAGCAAGGAGCACCACCAAGCAAGCGGCACCAUGAAGACCGAGGAGCUCUCCAAACAGGUCAGGGACAAAGUUGUUGAGAAGUACAGAUCAGGGUUGGGUGAAUAGUUAUGCACGCUCAAGUUUUCUGUUUUUUUGCCUUAUUUCUUGUUUGUUUCACAAUAAAAAAUAUUUUGCAUCUUCAAAGUGGUAGACAUCUUGUGUAAAUCAAACGAUACAAAACCCCAAAAACUCCAUUUUAAUUCCAGGUUGUAGGCAACAAAAUAGGAAAAAUGCCAAGUAGGGUGAAUACUUUCGCAUGCUACUGUAUAUGUCAUAUCUACCUCAAUUACCUCGGCUGUACAAGACAUUACAUACUGAAUCCUGACAGACUGGUUUGACGGAAACAUUCAGCCUGUUAUUGCCACUCCUCUCUCUUGUCUCUUUCUCUUGUCUCUUUCUCUCUCUCUCUCUCUCUCUGUGUCUCUGUGUCACAACCAUGGUGCCCUCAAGUGUCUCCUCGCCCAUAUAAAGUAAAUUAACCCAUGCAUAGUGGAUAGGCCAGCAGUUGACCGCUGAUAGUGUGUGGGAUAGCCAGCUAAUGGUAGUAACUCGACUAGCUGUGAAAACACAUGCCACUGCCAGAUCAUUAGCACUAUUUGGUGGUAUCAAUGAUCGUCUGGCUGUUAUUUGAUCUAGCCAGAUUUGUGCUUUUACCCUGCUCCUCUAUGUAUGUCAUGACGGUGAUGGUUAGAUCAGUUGGCGAAAGCCACCUAUAAGGUUCUGGGAACAGCAUGGUAAAGCUCAUCAUUGGAUCUUUAUUCAGACAAAGAGAGAGACACUUGAGAACGCUUCAUAGACACUGGAGUGCCAGAUCCUGAGAUCAAACAAUAAUAUCCUUUGCUCAAAACAAAAGUGGUGCCCUUUCAGUAAACACUUGUCACUAAUGGGUUGAAACAGGCCAUACCCACUCCAGUUGGAAGAGUCCCAAUCUGUUUCUGUGGCUCAGAGACUGGGACAGGGACAGACAACGGGUUUGUUUCACCCCAUCGGUGACAGAUGUUUACAAAAAGGGUAAACAGGUAGUUUUAUAGUUCUUAGUAUAUUUUACUUGUUUGAUCUAAGGAGCUAUUGUAUUCCAGUGGAGGCUGCUGAGGGGAAGAUGGCUCAUUAAUAAUAGCUGGAACGGAGCAAAUGGAAUGGCAUCAAACACAUGGUAUCAUGUGGUUGAUGUAUUUGAUACCAUUCCGCUCCAGCCAUCACCACAAGCCCGUCCUCCCCAAUUAAGGUGCCACCAACCUCCUGUGUUGUAUUCAGACAUUAGAUAUACUGUGUCCCUUGUUUCAUCUUUGACUGACUCGGUCAUAGGGGAAGACUGUUGUCACUUCUCAGAUCUGUACAGCGCAAUCUGAUAACCCUGUGUUGGGAGAACAGGUUCUCAAUAGAGGGAUUGCAGACACACACACAGUAGACAGUAUUUAGUGGUGCAACGUGACUGCCCUCUAGGGUGACAUUGUAGUAGUGCAUGUUGGAUUAAUUACUCUAUGGCCCUCUGGCAAAAUAUAAAGCAUAUACACUUUUAAGUUGAAAUGGUUUACAUCACGGUUGCCCAACCCUGUUCCUGGAAAGCUACCCUCCUGUAGGUUUUCGCUCCAACCCAAAGUGUUACUAACCUGAUUCAUCUUAUCAACCUGCUAAUUAUUAGAAUCAGGUGUGCUAGAUUAGUGUUGGAGAAAAAACCUACAGGACGGUAGCUCUCCAGGAACAGGGUUUGGCAGUCCUGGUUUACAUAUUCCCUCCCCAAGGUAAUCCAUUCUAAUGUAAUAUAUUACCUAAGUAAUUAUUGGUUUACAUAAAACAAGAUUAAACACACUAUGCCUAACAUCACGAUAAUGUAUUAUUUUCCCUCUCUUUAUCUAGUUGUGUCGUCCAGUAUGGCGGAGGGAUUUGCCCGGGAUGAUAAUGCCAUUGGUAACGGGCUGGGAGACGUUCCUCCAGGCGUUGGGAUACUUCCUCAAGAUGUUCUUCGGUUCUGCUGCACUCGGAGCCCUGACCAUACUCAUCUCUGCCAUCGUAUCCUCUCUGUGUGUGUGUGCCCGUGUGUGAUUGAGCGUUUUGGUUAAUAUGUUAAUAAUAUUCCCAUUCAACAUGUUUCAGUUUGACCCUUAACCCUUAACCCCUGUGCCAGUCCCUGAAACACUUUGACCUGAGGUAGACCCCGUCUCUAGAGUUUGGCAUGAUGAUCAACUAAGGCCUGGUAGAGGGCAUCAAACUGUUUGGUGAGUCCUCUCUAUUCAGUGUAAACACAAUGGAAUGUCAUGAAUUGUUCCACACAAUUGCUAACCUCUCUCACCUCCCUAUCUCUCUGUGCAGGUAUAAUGUCGAUCCUGUUUUCGGGGAUCGUGAUGUCACACUACACACAUCACAACCUGUCUCCUGUCACUCAGACCCUGAUGCAGCAGACCCUCCACAUGGUGGCCUUCAUGUGUGGUCAGCACUCCUCUUUCUCCCUCACCUGUCCUUUUCCCCAAAUCCUGUAAUAACAGACCAGUAAGAUGGCAUGUAUAUUAUGUAUGUUUUAUCCUAUUGUUUUCUUGUCCACAGAGACGUGUGUGUUUGCCUUCCUGGGUCUCUUCAGCUUCCCUCACAUGUUUGAGCUGUCCUUCGCCAUCUGGUGUAUAAUAAGUACUCCCAAACUGUAGUGACCAGAUACAGCCUAGCAUUAGCAUUCUAUACUAUACAACAACUGGUUGAGCCGAGAGGUGGACAUGAAGCUAGGGUUAGGGUUAAAGCUAGUGUUAGGGGUUGAGCCGAGAUGUGGACAUGAAGCUAGGGUUAGGGUUAAAGCUAGUGUUAGGGGUUGAGCCGAGAUGUGGACAUGAAGCUAGGGUUAGGGUUAAAGCUAGUGUUAGGGGUUGAGCCGAGAUGUGGACAUGAAGCUAGGGUUAGGGUUAAAGCUAGUGUUAGGGGUUGAGCCGAGAUGUGGACAUGAAGCUAGGGUUAGGGUUAAGCUGUUUGUUCUCUUUCCAGGUGUUGGUAGGUUAGGGGUAGAGGUUAGUUAGUGUUCUGAGUUUUUUGUUCCGUCUCUCUCCAGGUACUGGUGUUAGUAGGUCGGGCGGUGAACAUCUUCCCGCUCUCUUUCCUGCUCAACUUCUUCAGAGACCACAAGAUCACACCUAAGGUGAUGUUCAUCAUGUGGUUUAGUGGUAAGUAGAGCAGUUCUCUAAUAAUUCUCCAUCUGUUUGGCUCUAAUAAUAAUAAUAAUAUGCCAUUUAGCAGAUGCUUUUCUCCAAAGCGACUUACAGUCAUGCGUGCAUACAUUUUUGUGUAUGGGUGGACCCGGGGAUCGAACCCACUACCUUGGCGUUACAAGCGCCGUGCUCUACCAGCUGAGCUACAGAGGACCACAUCCCUCUCUCCUGUUUUAUGGUACCUGAAAUAACAAAUACUCUCCCUUUCUCAUCUCUCUCUCCAUCCCUCAAUCCUCUCCUCUGUUAGGUCUGAUAGGUGCCAUUACCUAUGCCCUGAGCCUUCAUCUUGGGUUAGGGCCCAUAGAGAAGCGGCAGUUAAUUGGCACCAUCAUCAUCCUCUUCGCCAUCCUCCUCCUUGGCAGCUGGACCAUGCCCCUCAUCCACAUUAUUGACAACGAGGAGAGCCAAUCCUGA